AUGAUUAAAAUCCGUCAGUACAUCGCACCACAAGCAUUAAAUGAUUCUGUCGAUUUGUACAAUGCAAAUAUUUCAAAUAUUUCAAUAAAAUCAUCACAAAAUCAAGUCUAUCACGGACUGACAUAUUUGAAUAUAUUUAGUUUAGCUAUUGUUGUUGUAUGGACAUUGGCAUCAAUGAUAUCCUUGUAUUGUUUAUGGCAAUCAUUUAAUUUAUUUCAACAAGAAGUUCAAGAUGUAACAUAUGAAAUUGUCGAUUUUCAUACAAAUGAUAGUGAUGCUAAACCGAGGGAAGUGUUUCGUUUAACAAACUUACAAGAUCUAUCAAGACCUCAUAUCCAGCAGCACGCUUCAAAACAACGGCCUCCACCCCCAACUAGACAAACACGAACAGUUCCAAAUCUUAUUAAACACGUAUAA